UUUAAAAAACAUAUUUGCCUGAUGUAGAAGACAGUGGUGCUUCGAAAGCUUGCAACUUGUAUUUUGUGCAUUUUGGUUGGUCAAUAAAGAUAUCACUGUUUUAUGGAUUUGGGAUAUUACUGUUCUCUUUCUCUAGACUCACAUCUCUGUGUCAGUACCUUAGAUAUCCUGCCGACUAGACCAGACCAGUUUAGCAGUCAAAACUAAAACCUCUGCUUUUUUUUUUAAAUCCCCCUCUUUCUAGGAGGCCUCUCAUCAACCACAACCGGACUGGUUUUGCUCCUCCUGUGCUUUCUGGAGGUUGUACUUCACCCCCCAAAAUAGCCAGCUUCUAAAGCCACUUUGUCACAGCAGGGCAGUAGCAUGAUAGAAUAAGGUAGUAUAAAACCCACCAUGGAGUCCUCAGGAAAAUGUUGUCAAACUUUUAGUUAUUACCAUGAUGGUUAGACAUCCAUCUGGAUUUUGUUCCUUGGGGACCACCAUGUCGUCUUUCACUUUUGUACACAGUACAUGAUGUAAAAUGGGCUGAGUAGUUUGUCCACAUUUACUGAGUUUAUUGACUGGGUUGAGGGACCAGAGAAGAUCUCAAUAAUUUCCAUCGGCCUGAGGCUUUCCUUGAUGACUAGGAAUUGUAUGUGGCUAGUACUUCCACUUCUGUCCUCUGCCUGCCAUUGAACUGGGGAAAAGUAAGUGUGAAGGCAAGCAAGAAAUUUUUCAAGAUGCUUUAGUCAGUGGGAUGGAUCUAGAGAUACAGAACAGACCGGCAAAAUAAGCCAGCUUUCCAGUGACUUGGGGGUGUGGCAUACGCAUGAUGCAUGCCCCCAAGCCUUCAGGAAGCCACUGUGAAGCCACCUGGGUGUUUGCAUGGUGGCAGCUUUUUGGCGCUCUGGUGGCACGGUGUUUAUACUGCAUACCACAGAAACACUGAAAAGCCGCAGCAGCGGCAAAAGGGCACCCUUUUUCUGGUGCAAAAAGGAGAGGCUUUUUGCACUGGAAAAAAGCCGGAUUGGGACCGUGGUGUGCAGUUGCCGCAGCCCUGAUCUAGCACUCAAAGAGGCAGCAUCCACUACCCCUUUGGGCCAGUCUGUUUCAGCCCUUGGCAUACUUAGGAUAAGAACAUAAAAAUAGGACUGAAGUUAGUCAUGACUAAAUUGAAGUCUUGUUCGUUUCAAUGGGACUACUUGAAGCAUACCUAAAUUUGGAUCUAUCCCAGUGAACAGCAUAGCUUUUGAAUGCUCAAUUUCACUAAAUUGGAUAUCACGGAAUAUGCUUUCUGAGGGAGUUAUAGGAAGGAAUUAGUUUAUUUUAAGUGGCUAAAGUUAUGGCUGAUAUAGACACCACUGGAAGGAAAUGUGGACUUGAAUAUCCAUUUUUUCCCCCUUCCUAUCUUGAAAUGGGAAAUGCUCUCUAUUGCAUUGACAUGCCAGCAUUUAAAACCCCAGUAUUUUUUUAUCCUGAAAAAUACAGUGCCAUCCAGUUUGGAGGGAAACUGAAAGGAAAAGCCAACUUGGCAUAAAGAGAAGGGACUUGCACAAAUGUCAGGUUCUUCCAGAAUUCCAAGUUUCAUAGAUUUUGCCAUUAGCUAUGCCAUAUUAUUAGGCAGUCCUGCAUUUGGGUAGUUCUUUCCAUUUUAACUAGUUACAUGUAUGGAAUAAUUAGUCUGUAGCACUACAUGUUUUCAUUAUAGGGAAUAGUAGAGAGGCAUCACCUCUCUGUAUUGCAGUGGCAUUUAUAAGAAUAUAUAGCAAGGAUGGGAAUCAUGCCAUCCUCCAGAUCUUGUUGGACUGCAUCUUCCAACAGCCCUAACCUUCAUAGCCAGUGAUAAGUUUUGCUGGGAGCUAUGAUCCAACAAUUUUGCGAGGGCUGUAUGCUUUCCACCUCAUGGCAAUGGCAUUUCCCAUGCGUUGGGAGUGGAAAUACUGUAGUGCCAAUCCAGCUCUCUCGGUGAACUCUCAAAACUCAUCUGGAGCGACGUGACUAAAGAAUACCAAAUAAGAUGUCCAGAUCUCAGCUCAGGUACAAACUCAGUGAUGUAGCCAGGUAGCUUUAGAUUUUGUUUAAAGGCUUUAAAGGGGAAAGUAUCUCUUUAGGUGAUAUCUAUUAAAUUUGGUAAGCCAGUCCUUCUGGAUUUGAGGGGCGCUUCUGAUAAAUUGCCAUAUGGAGGCCAAAGAAUUCGGCCCCAAAGUGGCCUGAUGCAUAAACGUACACAAAUCUCUCCAAACCAGUUUAACUGAACUGGGUCAGCAGAGAACUAGUGGUCUUAGCAAUUCCAAAAAUGCCUCCUGGCAGUCUUUUUAUUUGGAUAUUCAGAAUAUAUACUUCAUUCAGGCCUGCCUUCCUAAUAAAUCCAGGGUGGAUUUUAUUCUACCAAAUUCCUUACUUCCCUUAAAUUAUUUAAUUCUUACCUGCACUCUUGCUAUUGUUCCUACAUUCAAACCCACACCAAAAUAUGGGGAAAUGUCAAGAGGCAUAGCAUUGUUUGCUUACAGUGUAGACAUACAACAUCUGUAUUUUUCAGAACUCAAAUACUUCUCUGGUUUUAUAAGCCUGAGAAACCACUCCCUUAUAUCAUCUGAGGAAGUAGGCCCAAGUCAAUCAAAGCUCAUGCUACCAACUUCUUCUUUAUCCCUUUGCAUACUGAUUUUCCAGAGUAACAUGGCUAUGUCUUUGAAUUAUUUCUAAAUAGAUUUCCUCUAUUGGUUUGAGUUUUAUUUCCUUCUUGGUACACGGUCAACUAUUUAUGUCACCCAUGACAUCACAGGCAACCCACAAGGUCAUAAUCCUCACUUUAAAAUAUAUGCUAAGGUCUUCUGGUUCUGCUUUGUCCAGAGCAAGGCUUCCCCUCCAGGCAAUACAUAAAGGAAACAUGUAAAACCUCUAAUUUGCAAGCUCAGCUAUUUAAAGCCAGAGAAGAAAAUCCAAGAUGCCCGUAAGGAGAACAUCCUCUUGUCUCUUCAGUUCCUUACCUUGCAGAUGCAGGAAGGAUGUCAGAACUUGAAAAGAGUUUCCGUAGAUACUCAGUGUAUGGAGGAGAAACUUCUGCCAGUGGCAAUGAAAUGACAGGCAAGAACUUUUUCAAAAUGUUGGAUGAGUGUGGUGUGAUGGACGGAAACACAGUGACCAGCGCCGAUGUGGACAUCAUCUUCAACAAAUACAAAAACAGGGGGGCCCGAAGCCUCAACUUCAUUGAGUUCCAACAAGCCAUUAAGGAGCUGAGUGGAAAACGCUUCAAGGGCAUGUCCCCCGAGGAGGCUUUACACGCCACCUUCAAGUUGAUGGAAGGCAGAGAGCCAGACCGUGUGGUAUCAACAAAAUCCAUUGCAGACCAAGUGGUGGAGCGACUGACAGAUACAAGCAAAUAUACAGGCUCUCACAAGGAACGUUUUGAUGAGUGUGGCAAAGGCAAAGGUUUAGCUGGUCGUACAGACAUAGUUAAAAACACGGGUUACGUCGGGGCCUACAAGGGGGCUGGAACCUAUGACAAGACCCACUAGAUGGGGGAUGAGGCUUGCAGUACCUUCUGAGAGUUUACCUGCUCUUUUUGGCCAUG